AUGAGUAAAGUUAUUGACAUCUCUUCUUACUUGCUGCUUGAAGCUACCGAGUCAUGUAGCUGUGAUACUACUACAUCCGAUGUUGUUCAUGGUGUUAGAGAGGUUAAUAGGUUUGAACAGAAAGCAAAUGACGACGACGACGACGACGACGAUGGGGAGGUGGUGGAGAUGCGAAAGGAGGUUCGUUUGCAUAAAAAAUGCAGGGAUGAUAGGGGGUUCAAUGGAGGAGCGGCCAAAGACAAGAAAUCAUCUACUGUUGAUUCAACCAAAACCCUGAAAGAAAAGAACAGGUUAUUUUGGGAAGCUUGCCUAGCAUCUUGA